AUGAGUUUUUCGUUAGCGUCUACAUAUCCUUGGAUCCGGUCGCCUCUGGUGGUAUGUUCUCCCAUGUUACGGAUAACUCAACAGGCAUUAGCUGUAGCUGUUUCCCGAGCCGGUGGGUUUGGAUUUGUAGCUGGAGGCUACGAUGCGGAAAAGCUAGCGUUGACUCUGAAGAGUACUGUUAGUCUGCUAAACAGACUGGAACCGUCAAUUCCCGCACAUAUGGGUGUUCUUCCCCUUGGCAUAGGCUUCGUGUUAUGGGGUUGCGAUCUGGAACGGUCAUUGAAAGUGAUAGAAGAAUACGUGCCUGCGGCUGUGUGGCUUUUUGGUGCUACUAAUAUUGAACAAUACAGGACAUGGGCAGCUAGCAUUCGGGAUGCUACGCAUUGUAAAACGCAAAUUUGGAUUCAAGUCGCAGGUGUGAAAGAGGGCAUUGACAUCAUGACAGCAGCUCAACCUGAUGUUUUAGUCGCACAGGGCAAUGAUGCUGGAGGCCACGGUAUGAAAAGGUCAGCCAGCGUCAUAUCUUUGGUACCAGAGCUCCGAGACUCUCUGAUUGGCCAUGGUUUUGCUCAUACCACAUUGUUAGCUGCUGGGGGGAUUGUUGAUGGUAGAGGCAUAGCUGCAGCACUAGCGCUUGGAGCAGAUGGGGUCGUGAUGGGCACGAGGUUCCUCGCCUCUCAAGAAGCUGUUGUUGCGAAGGGCUACCAAACGGAAAUUAUUCGCACUCAGGACGGCGGAGUUAGUACCACAAGAUCGAGGCUCUUCGACCGCGUCAAAGAAACUAACGGAUGGCCUGCAGACUACGAUGGUAGGGCAUUUGUCAACAAAACUUUUUUGGACGCCGAAAGUGGACUACUCGAUAAAGAGAAUACGAUACUGCAUAAACAGGAGAUUGCUCUAGGAGAUACAGAGGGGGGGCUUCACGCAAGAACUAUCCGAUAUGUCGGAACAGGUGUAGGGCUGAUACGUGAUGUUCUUCCGGCAGUAGAAAUUGUUCAAAGCGUGCUUGCAGAAACCAGGAAAGCACUUGAUAAAGCAGAGGAUGGUUUGAAUACCAACUAA